CCCCAGCAUUAAAGAAAAAAAAAAUCACCAUCAAUGGCCGCCGAAAGCGUGUUAUGAAUCCAUCUUUGAUUUUAGUGAAAUUUAAUUAAAAAACAAUUAAAUAAGUAGCAAUUAGUGUUUAAAUAUCUAAGUUAGGGUAUAAUCUUAGUUGGGGACUAUGUAAUGUGUGUGUUUUUAGUGUAGUAAAGUGUUAAAAUUGAAGACAAUAUAGUGGCUUGGCAAUCAUGACGCAGUUUUUGCCACCCAAUUUAUUAGCGUUAUUUGCUGCAAGGGACCCGAUUCCUUACCUUCCUCCAGCCGCAAAACUUCCUCACGAGAAGAAACAAAAGGGCUACGAUGGCGUCGGAGCAUUCCUCAACAUUUUUGAGCACCCAUCAGAAACUCCCCCACCGACUCGCGUGGAGACAAGAGAAGAACGACUGGAACGCAGACGGAGAGAGAGAGCGGAGCAGACAGCGUACAAGUUAGAACAGGAGAUCGCGCUAUGGGACCCCACAACCAAUGCGAGGGCCACUAUGGACCCUUUCAAGACUCUGUUUGUGGCUAGAAUUAACUAUGAUACUUCAGAAUCUAAGUUACGGAGAGAGUUUGAAGGUUAUGGAGCUAUUAAAAAAAUAUGCAUGAUAUACAACAAAGACAACAACAAACCUCGCGGUUACGCCUUCAUCGAGUACGAACACGAACGAGACAUGCACUCCGCGUACAAACAUGCAGACGGCAAGAAGAUUGAUGGCAAGCGGGUACUAGUCGAUGUCGAGAGGGCUCGCACGGUUAAGGGGUGGCUGCCGAGACGACUGGGCGGAGGACUGGGCGGCACCCGUCGCGGCGGCGCCGACGUCAACAUCAAGCAUUCCGGCCGCGAGGACAACGAGCGCGAGCGGGAGCGAUACCGCCUCGAGCAGCGCGAGCGAGACGAGCGGCCCCGCCACGACGCCAGGCCUGACCGGACGCAGACGGCAGGCGGUCGCCGGCGGUCUCGGUCGCGGUCGCGUCGCCGUUCCGCGUCGCGAUCCCGCAGACGCGAUCGCGAUCGCGAGCGUGAGCGCGACCGAGAGGCGCGGGAGCGCGAUCCUGAGGAUGCUGAGCGGACCGCGGCCCGGCGUCGUCGCUCGUCUCGCUCCCGCUCGCCGCGGCGGCGCGAGCGUCGGGAGCGCGACAAGGAGCGCGAGCGCGAGCGCGACAAGAAGCGCUCGCGACGCGACAAGGAGCGGAAGGAGCCGAAAGUCAAGCCAGAGGAUAUUAAGAUCAAGGAGGAGCCUAUGGACGAAGGGAGACUCAAACAUGGUGAUGUUAAGGAGUUUAUUGAUGAUUAUCCAGAAUUCAGUAUGGCGCCCUUGGACGUGCAGAUCAAGCAGGAACCGAACGAGGACGAAAAUAAAUACAACCCGGAAGAUACGAACGGCGACGACUAUAACUAUUAGUUCUAUAGCUAUUAACAUGAGAGCACUUGGUAAGGUUUGUGCGCGGUUUCUCACGGUAAAAGCGCGGUUUUUUUAAGGUAAAAUGACGGUUUUUGCAGAAACUUCGGUAAAAUACGGUUUUCCAGAGCAGAAACGUUUUUUUGGAUGCGAAAAAGACGGUAUUUGCUGCAAAAGUUACGGUUUUUUAGGCGAGGAUCGAUGGUUUUUCGGCAGUUCUAGUUAUCGGCACUAAUCUUGAGCUCUGACCUUCACCUGUGCAGAAGUAAUUUAUUGGGUCCCUUUUGUGGUAUGAAGUGAGGCGCGGGGGCGGGCUAAAGCGGUGAUUGGCCCGCAGCGCAUCGCGUCAUAGCCGUCGCUCGGGAUUGGUUCUUUGCUAAUAAAUCACUUCUGCGCAGAUUUAGGUCAGAGCUCAAGAUUCGUGCCGAUAACUAUAACGGUUUUUUGGACGCGAAAAAACUGAAUUUGCCGUAAAAGCUACGGUUUUUUUUUUAGGCGAGGGAUGAUAGUUUUUUGACAGUAAUAAAAUUGUGUGUAUUUGUAAAGCAAGAAAAAACCUUACCUUUUAUGGCAUAGAAACCGUAUUUUUAUGUGGAAAACCUUACUUGUUUAUUAAUCGUAAUUAGGACUUUUUGCUGUAUCGAAAACCGUUAUUUUCCCCAAAGAGAAAGCCGUUCUUUUCACAUAAAACUGUGUGCGUAUAAAAAGCCUUAAGUGCGAGAAAAAUCUACAAUAUUAUAAUUCCAUUAUUUCAAGUUUAGGUAAAUAAUACCUAGUGUUGAGAUCUCUCAUAAAUAGUCAAGUUUGUAAUUAUGUAAGAACUCUGAUUAAUAUUAAACCAACCGAUUAAAUAAAUAGUUUUAACAA